UUCGUGCGAUUUUCAGAUUUUUUUCAAUUUAAUUACACCGCAAAGAGGUCUCGAGUGAAUAUGGAGGAGGAAGAAGAUUUUAUAGGUUGCAUAAGUUGCAUGAGCACAAAUGAUUUAUGCGACCUAUUUGCUAUUUACUCGAAUAAUGAUGAAACUUACGCGCAAAUGUUGGAAGUUUGCUUUGAUAUUAAGGUUCGCAACGACUUUAAAUUUAUUUGCGCAGUUUGUGUGGAUAGUCUAGAGAAGUCUUUAUUUUUCAAGAAUCAGACGCUCCAAAAUGUAAGGAUGUUACAAAAAAUCAAAGAUGAGGAAUAUCUGGAUGAAUCAAUCUUGGAAGAGGCGGAUGGGUCAUCAAGUUCGAGGGCCAAUAAUAAUAAUAACUUUGAUAAUGAACUGGACGAAGAUCAUGAGAUCGAGGCGCUGGACGAGACCUCGUGUAUAUACUGCAGCGUGCAUAUGGCCACGCCGGAGGAGAUCCAGCACCACAUAAGGCUGGUGCAUGGUCUGGAACCCAAGACUGGUCGGAGGGUACGCGAGUGUAACAUCUGCGGGGCGUCGCUGGGAGACCUGGCUGAUCAUUUCAACAAAUGUCACAGCGGUUCGUCUGAAAAUGAUAAUCGACAGUACGCGUGCCAUUUCUGCGACAACGUGUACAGCAGUAAGAAGGCUUGCUUCACUCAUCUACGUAUGAAACAUGGCUUGAAACUCUGCAACGAUCACGCACCGAAAUAUACAUCGCACGAUAGAAAGAAAUGUCACAUUUGUGGACGCGAUUUCAGUCAGAAGCAAAUACUAAACAACCAUUUGUGGAAGGCACACGGGUUCGAGGUGGAGAAACGUAAAGCGUUCUUCUGUCCCCUGUGUUCUGACCGUGUUAGUUACGGAUCGAACUUCAGCGCCCAUUUGUUGCACAGACACAACUUGACGGAGCAAGUUGAGCAACUCGAGUUCAGUUCGAUGGACGAUUUUAUGAUGUACAAGAGCGCUAUUCAAGAGGAGACUAAGUUUCGUUUUCGCAAAACGACGGCCAGCAAACAGACGAUAGAGGGCGUGCGCUCGCAUUAUAUGUGCAGCCAGUCUGGUGUCUAUGUGUACCAGGGUAAAGGUAAGCGGCCUGCCCCCGAGCGCCAGAUAUACAAGACGGGUAAGGCGUGUCCCGCGCACAUGAUCGUCACGGAGACUCUCGACAAGGUGCUCGUCACCUUCUACAAGACGCACGUCGGACAUGGCACGUGUCCUUAUUACGAGCCGCGCGAACCGAAACGCCUGAAGACUCAAAAGGCGUCCAACUCGGAGCCAGGCACGGACAACGAGAACGAAUCCCUCAUCUGCGACACUUGUGGCACUAAGAUGGAGAACGCGGAAGAUCUUCACCGGCACAUCACCGCGCACGGCCUUCAGCUUUUCCCGUGCGAGUACUGCCAUGAGCUGUUUCAAAAUGCAGACGCUUGGGCGAGACAUUCAAGACUGGAACAUAACGUUGAUGUUAUAUAUUAAGUUUGUUUUAAUUAUAAUUAUUAAGACAGGGAAAGGCCGCCAUCUUUGUGACGCAAUGGUGACGUCAUUUCUGGACAGACACUUCAAAUAUCCACCAUUAAAAAUACAGUUUGACAGCCUGCUGACAGCUUAUAUAGUUUUUUAUUUAAAAGUUUACCGUGAUCAAUUAUAUUGUUUCUGUCAAUGUGUGCGUCAGCUUGUGGUGUUACAUUUAAGAUGCUAAGGAUCUAAUGCCAAGCGUGGCUGACUGUUUACGACUUAUCAAUCUAAAUCGGCUACAGUAACAAUAGAUUCGCUUACCUUUUCUAUCUUGCUGUAUGCCCGUUACAAUUGUUCUUUCCACUCGCGCGCAUGGUCUAUACGCUAGUACUUUGUCUAUGCUUCUGUACUACUCCUCUUUAUUCUGUGUCACCAUUCUUACUAUAUUUAAGUACGUAAAAACAGCAAUAUAUUGCCGUAUAGAAACUGUAACCGGUUAGUACGGCUCUAAUCCACAUAUUGAUGUAUCACUCGGACAGAAGCGCAACUCGGCUUUGCCUUAAUCCCCCGCACCGCUCCGAAGGUUGUCUCCGCGUAAAUGGACAGGCGGCCCUAUAACUCAUUGAAUAAUUUUGACACCGUGGACCUAAUUCUGUAGUACCUACACUUAACUGCAUUGCGAGCAUAAUAUCGUUAAAUUUAAGUAAAAUCAUUAUUAUGAAAUGUUUUUGUUCAGGUAAUUUGCAUGUAACUCUAUUAUUAUUAGAAAUUAUAAAUUAGUUUAAUGUCAAAAGUUUGUUUUAGAUAAUUAAAUAAUGUUUAAAGUG